CCGUGCAGAGAGGCGGGGGAUUGCGAACAGACUGACUUGACUGGAGGUCUGCUGCGGACUCGGAGUCUGAGCAGCCGACACUAAAAUAGGUGGGAAAAGUUGUUGUUAACUACCUCCACGGUCAGCACGGAGCAUCGAGACCCAGCACCUGAGUUUUUAAAGAUCAGCAGUUCCUCCAGUCAGACAUGAGGAGCCCCUCAGGCCUGGGUUGCUGAGCAGCUGAGGUCAGAGUUCAAGUGCUUGUGCAGGCAGUCAUGGCUGACAGAGAGGGGGCGCCCGUCGCCCCUGGCCAGGUGUACAUCGAGGUGGAGUACGACUAUGAAUACAAGGCCAAAGACAAGAUGGUGACCAUCCGCCAGGGAGAGUGGUACAUGCUGGUGAAGAAGACCAAUGAGGACUGGUGGCAGGUAAGGAAGGAGGAGGGCACAAAGGCCUUUUACGUGCCGGCGCAGUACGUUAGGGAGGUGCGUCGGGCCCUCAUGCCCCCACAGAAGCCCACUUUAAGGGCAAAGCCCACUGUUUUGGAUAUUUGUCGGGCUUCUAAUGAAAACCUCAACAGACCCCCGCUGGAAAUGUCCAGCUUUGGGCGUCCUUCACCCUCCUCCACCCCGUCCCCAUCCUCUGAUCGGGUCACUCCUCCCGCUCUGCCCAAGGAUGCUAACCAGAACCUGGGGAGCCCCCUUCACUGCAAGGUGGUGGCCGAACUGGUACUUCUUCACAACAACAAUAACCACCACCAUGCCAACAACUCCACGUUGCCGAGGACACGGGCAGACUCGCCUCCACUCAAAGGAGGGAACAACUACAACAAAAGUCCAAACAGCGACAAGACAUCCCCACCGAGUGAACUGCCGGGAGAGGGUCUGAACAAGCUCCAUAAUGACUCAGAGUCUGGAGACGAACUGAGCAGCAGUUCUACAGAACACAUGCAGACCACAUCGCCCACAGGUCAGGGCCGGUCAGACUCUCCGGUCUACACAAACCUCCAGGAGCUGAAGAUCUCUCAGUCCAGCCUGCCACCCAUCCCCUCCGGCUCCCCUCUCCACAUCCUGGGCGACUGGGAAACCCACAAAGAUCUGAGCGGCCGGCACUUCUACUACAACCGUGCCACCGGAGAGCGGACCUGGAAGCCUCCACGCACCAGGGACACCAGCGGCAGCACGAGCAGUAUCCGAGGAGACAGUCAGGGCACGGUGGAGAGCGAGCCGCUCUCCUCGGAGGAAAACUGUCACAGCACCCACUCGAGUCAGUCUGAUAGUCAGUACGGGUCACCCCCUAGAGGCUGGUCUGAGGAGCUGGAUGAACAUGGACACACGCUCUACGUCUCUGAAUACACACAAGAGAAGUGGAUAAAACACGUGGAUGAACAGGGCCGGCCCUACUACUACAGCGCUGAUGGAUCCAGGUCAGAAUGGGAACUGCCUAAGUACACGUUCUCCCCUCAGUCCGGUGAGGUUCCAAAGAGUCGUAGUCUUGAGAGGAAGCAGCCGGAUCCCAUCGUCCUCACCAAGUGGAGACACAGCACCUACGUCUUGGACCUCAACGACAAGGAGUGUGCUCCAGCGGCACCAAGCCGGAGCGCCCCAGACUCUGACUCCUGCCCAUCAUCUCCUAAGCACCCCACAACCCCCUCAGAGAAGUGUGGAGUCCUCAAUGUCACCAAAAUCACAGAGAAGGAAAGAAAGAAGAACUGGACCUCCUCGUGGACGGUGCCAGGGUUCCUCUUGCUCUUUGCAAAGGGUCAGGGGGGCAGCACUAGCUGGAAGUUUGGCAGCAACCAGUCGAAGCCAGAGUUCACCGUCGAUCUGCGAGGGGGUUCGGUGGACUGGGCGUCCAAGGACAAGUCGAGCAAGAAGCAUGUCAUCGAGCUGAAAACCCGUCAGGGGACUGAGCUGCUGAUCCAGUCAGAGAUCGACAGCGUCAUCAAUGACUGGUAUCGGGCCCUCACAGAGACCAUCAACACACAUGCCUGGGAGUCAGACGAGGCCAUUGAGGAGGACAUGCCUGAGUCUCCAGGAGCUGAGAAACAGGACAAGGAGAAAGACCACCGAGACUCCAAGAAGAACAGAGUGAUGAAGACCUCUGUGAGUAUGGACGCAUCAGACCAGAAGAAGACCAGGUUGAAGCUGAAGAAGUUCUUGACACGUCGACCCACCUAUCAGGCGGUCCGAGACAAGGGAUAUAUCAAAGAUCAGGUAUUCGGCUGCAGUCUGACCAGUCUGUGCCAGCGGGAGAACACGUCGGUGCCCAACUUUGUCACGAUGUGCAUCGACCAUGUGGAGAACACAGCUCUCAGCAUUGAUGGUCUGUACAGAGUGAGUGGAAACCUGGCUGUGAUCCAGAAGCUCCGCUUUGCUGUAAAUCACGAUGAGACACUGGAUCUGAAUGACAGCAAGUGGGAGGACAUCCACGUCACCACUGGAGCUCUAAAGAUGUUCUUCAGAGAGCUCCCCGAGCCUCUCUUCACAUACGGAUCCUUCAAUGACUUUGUCGAAGCUAUCAAAUGCUCCGACUACAAGCAGCGGGUGAAUUCAAUCAAAGACUUGAUUAAGAAGUUGCCAAAACCGAACCACGACACAAUGCAGGUCCUCUUCAAACACCUGAGGAGGGUGAUUGAUCAUGGCGAGGCCAACCGCAUGACCACCCAAAGUGUGGCCAUCGUAUUCGGACCCACGCUGCUCCGGCCUGAGACUGAGACGGGCAACAUCGCGGUCCACAUGGUGUACCAGAACCAGAUAGUGGAGCACAUACUGCUUGAGUACGAGAGCAUCUUUGGCAGGUAGAGGUGCCCGCUCAGAAGAGGACGCCUGGCUUCUUUUUCCUGUUUCCCCCUUUUCUUUGACUGAGCUGAACAUUGCUGUGGACCAAGCAGUCAGGAGAAAAAAUAGUCAUUUCCCUUCAAGAUGGGACAGAUGUGAAAAUGUUGCACUUACAGAUGAGUUUAAAACAGGUGUACAGAUUCCACCCGCAAUUUCAGUCGCCACUCGUGCUGCGAGCAGCGGGCCGGACCAUGGACAGUGUUUCAGAGUGAUGCCGUGAUGACGUCCGUGUGGUUUGGUGGGUUUUAAGUAUUCAGGUGUUUUCACAUGCACUGGAUCCCUGUGGCCAGUAAUAUAGACUUCAAAGCAGAGCCGGGAGCACCCUUCGUCUCCUGGUGGAAGCCGACCAGACUUUUUUUUUGUGGCAUUAAAAGUCAAAACCGGCAACCUCAUCACCUCGCUAAAUGCUUGAGCUGAAUCUGAACUGGAUGGUUUUUCUGCGUUGUGGAGCUUUUGUCUGUGAUGUUUCAGCCGUGUGUGGUUUUGGAUCAGGUGGAGAAAAUAAUCAGUGUUAUAUUAACAGACUGUCCUUUGGCACUUGAUGAUGAUGAUGAUGAUGAUGAUGAUGAUGAAAUGGAGUUACAGAUCGUGUCCCCCAAUUUCCCACAAUCCCACUUAUCUCCAUCACCCCCCUACCCCUGUCACCCUCUCUUUCCUCUUCAAACCAGUGUUAAGCAUUGACCCUGUGACAUGAGCGUCCUGUGACUUGAAUGAAGGAGGACAAACCCUCUGUGCGCGUGUGUGUGUGUGUGUGUGUGAGAGAGAGAAAGAAAGAGUGUGUGUAUGUGUGUGUGUGUGUGAGAGAGAGAGCGUAUGAAUGAAUUAACCUUAAUGGAAUAAAACCUGAGCAGAAGCACCCUCGUCUUGCCACUUUGUACAAACGUGUGUGUUUGUGUCGUCUUUGUGCUUUUGGUAACGUUUCAGUUAAGCUAACAGGGUUCAUCGUCUUUGCUCCUUUAUAUGAACUUCAGUGUUUGAGGGAAACCUCACCGACUUCCUGGUGUUACUGGAAAGCGACAAAAUGGAUUCUGGGAGCUGCAGUGUAAGCAAAUUUUACAUGAAUUGUCUCUGACUGGUUUCUCUCCCCUAAGCUAAAUGAAAGAGUAUUGAGAGAAGGGAAACGGUCGAGUGAAGAUUUCAAUGGUUGAUGUUUGUGAGCGUUUGAAUGCAAAGAAGAGCCUUUAAAAACCUUUCAGAGCAUAUGUACAGAAACUAGCUGUUAAAAAAUGUGUUCUAGUGACUGAGGUAUGUAUGUAUGCUUUGAUGGUGAACUAGUGAAAGCUGAUUUUGAUUUUGUAAAUUUGAAAUAAAAGAUGAAAUACACAGAUGUGAAAAAACAACCACAUGACCGACUGUUACUUUCUUUUGAAGGUGUAUCUGGAGUGUUUGCGCAUGGUCAGCUGCACAUUUUGAAUGUAAUUUUCAGGCUAACUGCUGUUUGUGAAAAUGCUUCGUCUAAUAAAAAGACAAACUAAACGUU